AUGCCGCCCGCCGCGACUGCCGCCGCGGCCUCCGCCGGAGCAAGCGCUCCGCCUUCCGCGGCGGCUGUUCCGUUCCGCCAGCAUGUGACGGCGGACGGCUCCAGCGGCUUCCCCGCGGAAAGCGGAAGGUACCACCUGUACGUGAGCUACGCCUGCCCCUGGGCGUCGCGGUGCCUCAUGGCGCUCAAGCUCAAAGGGCUCGACGACGCCAUCUCCGUGACUGUGCUGAACCCAACGUGGGUGCGCACGCGCGAGGGGGAGGAGCAUUUCGGAUGGGCGUUUCCUUCCUCAGAGGGCGACGCGGAGGAGCCGGGGGCGCAACCUGAUCCGAUUUUCGGCGCUCGAUUUGUCCGCGACAUAUACGAGAAAAUAGAUCCUUCAUACAAGACCUUUUCUGUGCCGAUUCUGUUUGACAAGGAAUCGGGCAGCAUAGUGAGCAACGAGAGCGCAGAGAUCAUGAGAAUGCUCAACUCCGAGUUCAACGCCGUCGCCGCCAACCCCCACGUGGACCUCUAUCCUGCCACCAUGCGGGGGGCCAUCGAUGGGGUGAACGAGUGGGUUGGGCCGGCAAUCAACAGCGGCGUGUUCAAAUGCGGCUUCGCUAAGGAGCAAGCGGCCUAUGAUGCGGUGAGAAUGGGUUAG